AUGGCUUGUCUAGGACCGAACUCCGAUCUUGCGAGGGCGGGGCAGGCUGUGGCAUUCGUGAACCACGGCAAGCGAUUGCAACGACCUCGACUCGUGAGCGAUGCGAAGAUGUUCUACCAACGGCUUCACGGGUCUUUGGCUAAGACCAUCGAGAACCCGGGGUCUGGAAACAUCAAAGAUGCCAAAAUGAUGGCCGUGCUGCUGGGAUUGUUCGAGAGCACUUGCGUGUUCUCUAUACGUGCUUUAGGUGACUCUGGUGAAAGUUUAGAUGAUUUACAAAGUAGCCUCGACAUGCUGUGGAAGAGGUCUGAAGCCCCCUUAGAGUCGACCAAGGUCGGUCCACUGAGGGGAGAAGCAAUCGUCCUGGAGCAGCGCUUUGCCAAAUGGGAAAACUCUCGUGCGACCGAGUUCAAGCCUACCGCGAUUGCACAUGUCAGUCAGAUCUAG